AUGUGCUCUACUAGAUGGCUUGAACUUACUUAUUACGCCGAAACUAUUGGAUUUUGCCUCUCGAUUUCAUUUAAUUUUAUACUUUUACUAUUAAUCAGUGAAAUGCCAAAAAAGAUAUUCGGAAGUUAUAAAUAUCUUAUGCUGUCUUUUUCGGUUCUGGGAAUGUUCUAUUCAUGUUGCAAUGUACUAGCGAAACCGAACUUGUACAUCACAGAUGUCUCAUUUGCAGCGUUCAAUAUUCUGAAAAAUACAGGAUUUUCAAAAUCUUUCGGGAGUAUUGCUAUAGCCAUAUACAGUUCCUGUUAUGGAAUGAUGAUUGUCCUGCUCACCAUUAACUUCUACUACCGAUACCUUUCCGUCACAUGUCCUGCUAAACUCACUAGAUUCUCGGCUAAAAACUCUCCGAUUUGGGUGUUCCUUAUACUCUUCAACUCAUCCACGUGGUUUGUACUGAGCUAUUUUGUCAAUGGCCCAACUUCGAUGAAAGAUGAAAUCUUACAACCUGAGCUGUUACAAGCUUAUUGUAUGCAGCCUGAGGAUUACGCGUAUGUGGGUCCUCAAUACUUUUAUAAAGACGAAGGAGAAAUGAAAUUCCAUCUCCCAUCCUGGAUUGCUUCCGGCGGCAUGGCAUUCACUAUGUUCAUCACAAAUACUUUGCUGACAUACUUUGGCAUUGAAACCUACAGACAUCUUAACAAAAUUGGCAGCAUUGCCGGUAUUGAGUACCGAGAGCUUCAGCGGCAACUUUUCCGAACUUUGGUUAUUCAAACAGCUAUCCCAAUGGUCUUUAUGUACUUCCCAAUUUCCUGUAUGUUCCUGUUCCCGAUAUUCGGGAUAAAAGCUGAAUCGCUGGCCAAUGUUGUUCCAAUUGCGGUUGCAAUCUACCCCUGCUUCGAGCCACUUGCUGCAAUGUAUUGCAUUAAGAGCUUUCAAAAGCGGAUUUUCAGUAUUUUAACUUGUAACAAGUUCAAUAAAUCAAUGCAUAGUACUGUUGUUCCGGUGAUUUGA